GACGUUGGUAUUUCCGCUCCAACCGCGGAACGAAGAAGACGAGGCAAGCUUCUGUAGUUUCUUCAUCGUGCCAAUGUGAAAUUGCCGCGGUUAAAGUCAGUUCACUAAAAGCAGCAAUACGUGAGCACGUUUUACGUCGUUUUUGACUUGCAGCAAUUGCCAUUACGUUCACCUCCACGAUCCAUUUCUAACGCCUCAGCUUUGGAGAAGCACCAUGUCAUUCCCUCUCCCCAAACCGCAGACCCCCCAGCUUCCUCACCAUCUGCUCCGAACCAUCGACUGUCAGCAGGGAGCCGUCCGAGCGGUGCGCUUCAACGUGGACGGCCAGUAUCUGCUCUCCUGCGGCGCCGACAAGUCUCUCAAGCUGUGGAGCGGCAGCCGAGGGACGCUGCUCAAGACCUACAGCGGCCACGGGUACGAGGUGCUGGAUGCCGACAGCUCCUUCGACAACAGCAACAUUUGCUCGUGCAGUUCCGACAAGACGGUGAUCCUUUGGGACGUGGCCACGGGUCAGGUGGCUCGCAAACUUCGAGGGCACGCCGCGAAAAUCAAUUGCGUGCAGUUCAACGAGGAGGCCAGCGUCAUCUUGUCGGGUUCCUUGGACGGGACGGUGCGCUGCUGGGACACCAGGUCCCGCAAGAACGAGCCCAUCCAAGUUCUGGAUGAGGCGCGAGACAGCGUCAGUAGCCUGAAGGUGUCCAAACACGAGCUGCUCACCGGGUCCGUCGACGGCCGAGUGAGACGUUACGACCUGAGGAUGGGAGAGCUCCACGUGGACUUCCUCAACAGUCCCAUCACAUGCGUAUGCUUCAGUCAGGACGGCCAGUGCACGCUCAGCUCCAGCCUGGACUCCACCGUCAGACUACUGGAUAAGAGUACGGGAGAAAUGCUGGGAGAGUACACGGGACACACCAUGAAGGGAUACAAGCUGGAAUGCUGCCUGUCCCGCAAAGACACUCACGUGCUAAGCUGCUCCGAGGACGGACACGUCUACUUCUGGGACCUGGUGGAGGGUUGUCUGUCAUUGAAGCUUCCCGUGGGCCAGGCGGUGGUCCAGUCCUUGUCCUUCCAUCCAACGCAGCCGCGUCUCCUCACCGCCAGCCAAGGCCGCGUCCAAGUGUGGGCGGCCGAGCCGGAAGAUCCCGACGCAAACGACGACGACGGCGGCGCCGCCCUAUAGCGCCUGCACACGUGUGGACUUUUUCCCUUUUGCUCCAACGAACCACGUUGAGCCACCGCGGCAGAUUUGUACGAAUGGCAUCACAUUACUUGAUCUGAUUGGACGCUCGUGGACCAUGUGGCACAUUUCAUCCAAUGACAAGUAUGAAUUUUGUUUUGCCUUCCAUACACCACUUCC